AUGAAGACGAUCUCUAGCUCAGUUGCUACAGAAGAAGAUUCCAAAUUGAAUCCUUCAGGAGACGAAGAACACCCCCCCAUUACCCCUUCAUCUUGGACGGUAGCACAAAAUUUGGGGCUUUUACUUUUUAAGGGUUUCUAUAAAAUCUUAAACCUUCCUCACCUUCUCCUUGACUCCACCAUCGUAAAAACUGAAUCGGGGUUUUCAAAAUCGGCAAUCGCAUCUGGACAAUUUGAAAAUCUGAACUUAUACCAAAAAGGGCAAUAUGCAGGCUAGUGACAGGUUUAAUAUCAACUCUCAACUUGAGCAUCUUCAAGCUAAGUAUGUGGGAACAGGGCAUGCAGACAUGAACAGAUUUGAAUGGGCAGUUAAUAUCCAAAGAGACAGCUAUGCAUCAUAUGUUGGGCAUUAUCCAAUGCUUGCAUAUUUUGCAAUAGCAGAAAAUGAAUCAAUUGGAAGAGAACGUUACAAUUUUAUGCAGAAAAUGCUGUUGCCAUGUGGUCUUCCACCAGAGAGAGAAGAGGAAUAAGGCAAUGAAGUUCUUCAAGGGGAGAUUUACAGUUGUUUAUGAUUGCAUUAUGAAAAACUUGUGUAGUAUCAACCUGAUGUGAGGAUAAAAACUAUGUUGAGUUUUUGAUGUUUAUGUCACAUGUAAUAUGUUCUAUAUUAAUCUUUGUUUUUUUUUUAGUAUUUUAUGGAGUGGUUGUGUUAGUAAGUGUCACUUGGUGCUUCAUGAGGUACUGCUGUUAGACUGUAUUAGACGAUGCUAAUAAGAAAAAAGCUGUAAUCUUUUCUCUUAUCCGCUGAUAACAUGAUUAUCAUAUUUAUAA